UCGAACGUUUAAAAAUCGAAUGACGUCGUUCAUUUGGUCUCGAACGUCGGUUGGAAUUUCGAUACUCACUUGGUUCGGGACGGGUUAUCCACAGAUGGAAUUGUAUGUCAAGGAUUGAUAGAAAUGAGAUACAACAAACCUGUAAAUCAAGUGAUUUCCUAAAAAGACUCCAGAAAAUUGAGACGCAGGAAUUUUCUCUGUGGAUCUAGGAUAUGCCUCGGCAUUACUUGGUGCGGCAUAAAUAAUCAAAUAAAUUUAUACAACAGAUAGUUGAAAAUCGUAAAAAUGCUGGACUCCAAAUCGACGAAGAAAAAAUCUUCCUACCCAAAUCUAAGACGUCAAAUUAAUACUGUUAUUAAACAAGUCUGAACCAUUUCUUCUACACCAAACUAACAAUGGCUUCGUCAACUAAGAGAUCCUGGAAAUUGCAAGACUUUGUGGCACACACGUCAAACGUCAACUGCCUAGCCCUAGGGCAUAAAUCUGGUCGCGUUUUAGUUACUGGUGGUGACGAUAGAAAAGUAAACUUAUGGGCUGUUGGGAAGCACAAUUGUAUUAUGAGCCUUAGCGGACACGCAACUGCGAUAGAAUGUGUUCGUUUUGGUCAAACCGAGGACCUAGUUUGUGCUGGUUCACAAACUGGAGUACUGAAAAUCUGGGACCUGGAACACGCCAAACUAGCGCGGACUCUGACAGGGCAUGGAAAUGGUAUUAGAUGCAUGGAUUUUCAUCCCUAUGGAGAAUUACUUACCUCUGGAAGUCUGGACAAGGCAAUAAAGCUUUGGGACAUGCGAAGGAAAGGCUGUAUUUUCACGUACAAGGGUCACACUGAUACGGUGAAUAGUUUGAAAUUUAGCCCUGAUGGUCAGUGGAUAGCCAGUGCUGGAGCGGAAGGAAAAGUUAAGCUUUGGGAUCUGAGAGCAGGAAAGCAAUUAAGAGAGUUCUCAGAGCACAGGGGGCCAGUGACAACGGUGGAAUUUCAUCCUCAUGAAUUUCUACUGGCCAGUGGGAGCACGGAUCGUACCGUUCAUUUUUGGGACUUGGAAUCUUUUCAAUUAGUCUCAUCGACGGAGCAAGCUCAAUCUGCAGCUAUCAGAAGUUUAUACUUCAGUCAAGGUGGCGAGUGUCUCUUUGCCGGUAGCCAGGAUGUUUUAAAGAUUUAUGGCUGGGAGCCUACGCGAACACUUGACACCAUACCUACCGGUUGGGGAAAAGUCCACGACAUAGCUGUUGCACAAAAUCAGUUGAUUGGAGCAUCUUUCAAUCUCGCAAAUGUUGUUUUAUACGUUUGCGAUUUGAAAAAAGUGGCACCAUUUGGCGGAAUUCCUUCACCAGGUUCACCUUUCAAUCAUGGUAACUCCUUGAGAAAGAGUUUUUCCAAAGAAAGGCCUCCGGAAUUGAAGAAACAUAAAUUAGAUGUUAAAACGAUAGAGGAAGCCGAUAAGUCUGGUACAGAUCCUGAAGAUGAUGUUAUGAUAGCUGAAAUACCGAGUGUCACAGAUUACAGAGAUGUGUUCCAGCCAAACAGAUCUUUAUCUCGCACACCACCCCCCGAACUCGAAGCUUUUCCGGAACCUGAAGAAAUGGAUCCAACACAGCCUCAAAUACUUCAGACUUUAUCAACGUCGUUGUCAAAUUUGAGUACAAAUGAAUUAGACGAAGAACCACCUCCGAUAAUGAAGCCAGUGCCAGUUCGUGUCCAUCCAAUAAAAUCUUCUCCUCCCGUUCAACGGAAUUUAAUAACUUCUACGAGUCAAAUCAGGGCAAAUCUUCAGGCAAACAAUGCGAACAGAAAUUCUAGAAACAUUUCCACGAUUCCUCCGCUCAGGCAAAGUAUUACCCCUCUUCUUGGUAAGAAAAAUCUGGGGAGCCAACCGCUCGGCCCUCAAAGAUCAAACUCUACUCUUACCCCAAGAGUUGCUCCAAUGGCUGCCAUAUCUCCUGUCAUGGAUGACGGCAAAUUGAAGAGUAGGGCGCCUAGCCCAGACUCGCCUAAACAUUGCCUCAAACGCCAGAGUAGUUGUAAAGAAGGAGAACAAGGCUACGAAAGCGAUUAUCCUAUACAAAUAAACAACAUCAGACACAGUCCCUCUGAUCCAGCUUUGAAUCGACCAAACACCGCGCAGUCCAGGUCGACUUCAUUGCAGAGGAAUUUUUCCUCUUCCACACCUCUGUCAGCCCGGAAUGUUGCAAAAAAACAGAACAAAGCUCAAAUACAACCGAACGUAAAGGUCGAUAUAAGAGUAGCACAGCUCAGACAACCAGCGGAAGAAAAGGUUAAAGACGAAUUCGUUCCAAUGAUUGCCGACAAACCGAGCGGGUUGGAUAUGGAUGAAUUUUUACCAAACAGUUACCAGGGACGUGCUCUGGGUUAUUCGCAACUAGGCGUUCUGCCGGAGAUGUCAGAGGCUGAAGUACUGAACAGUAUGAUGCGGGGCUACGAGUCUAUGAUGACAGUACUUAAUAGUCGACAUCGUUCUCUGCAAAUAGUCUAUUCGUUAUGGCACAGUAAAGACCUCAAGGCGGCGGUAGAUUCAGCGGUGGCUAUGAACGAUUUGUCCGUUAUAGUCGAUCUUCUAGGAGUCAUUACGCUCAAACCAACAAUUUGGAACUUGGAUCUCUGCAAUUCCUUGCUCACAUCUAUUGGUGACUUACUUCAAAGCAAAUACGAAAUGUACGUGUCGGUCGGAUGUACAGCCCUGAGAUUAAUCCUACGUAAUUUUUCACCUGUAAUAAAAUCGAACGUUCAAGCACCUCUGCACACGAUCGGAGUCGAUGUAUCUCGAGAAGAAAGGUACCACAAGUGCGUGUCCUGUUAUGAGAAGUUGAUGUUGGUGAGAUCCUUUCUAUUGACGAAGCAGAACAUGCCUGGAAAAAUAGGGACGACGUUCAGAGAACUUGGGGCUCUCAUGCAAGCCCUCGAGUAAAAAAAGUCAUGGUGAUCUCUUUGUCCCUUUACAGGCUAAUUGCCCUCAACGACUCGUCGAAAACUUGCUUAUAUUAUCACGGACCAGGUGCGGCGACCGAAAAAAUCAUCUGUGAUGUUCAAGAGAAGUAUCGAUAUUCGAUAUUUGAAGAUUGAGGAGACAUAUUGGAAGAAUUAAAACUAAAAAAAACCACCAACAAAUAAAGCAAACAACAAACAGACUGUUGAUUUCAUGGUAGGCGUUCGGCAUGUAUUUACUUAAAAAGAAAAAUAUUCAAACAAAAUAGAAAUUUUCACCUCAGAAUACUCGCCUAACUUCGCGUUCGUUAUAGGUAUACGGGCCAAUUCAAAUAGCGUACAAUUACGAGGUAAGAAUUUAUUUAGGGUACAGAAUUGACCCGAAUUUGAUGAAGAGGUUUUAGUUAAGAUGCUUAAUUGAAAUUUUUUUUAAUAAUCUUAAUAUACCUUGGGUUAAAGGGAUUUUAAAUUCCAUAUGUGUUUCCACAUUUCUUUCCGUUUUAACUUAGUCUGAAUGAUCAUAUGAAUUCAACAAACCGAGCUUACUCAAAAUAUAUUGUAAAUAGACAUGUUUCCUUUUUUUUUUAAUUUUUUUUUUGUUUAUCAAAUAGCGUAUAAGUGAAAUCGUAUUUUUGCAAUGCAGUGUUCGUGCGUCCGGUUUAUACAAAUUAUUAUCAAGUAUUAAAACAAAAAUAAUAAUAAUAAUAAUAAUAACAACAACAACAAUCUGUAAUUACGAGUACUCUGUAGUAUAGUAAAAAUUUAGACCUCAAAUUAGUAAAAUUAAAAAAGUAAAAAAGUAAAAAAAAAAAAAAAAAAUACUCCAAGAGUAUAAAAUUGAUGUGAGAGAAUUUGAAAUUCGCGUCUCUUCGGAACCUUGUUGGUACAUGGUACAGCAUUGAAUAGCUCAUAAUUGAUUUUAGGUUUUCCCCUAAUAGAAAUUGACACGUUCUUUCGAUUCUCUUAUAUCUGGCCGAAACGGAGUCUAAGAAGAAAAAAAAAUGAGAAAAAAAAUAAUUAAUACACGCUGUGAAUUUGCUUAUUGAUCACGUACACAUGUAUAGUAUGCAGAUACAUGUCAUAUACCCGAGCAAGAAUAUUGGAGGAAGUUUGCUCGUUAUAUAUCAGUUUUACGAUGUCUUUUUAAAAAAGGUACAAAUACUUAUGGAUGACUUAGAUACCCGUUGCGAGUACAAUAGCUCUCUCUCACUCUCAUUUUACACGAAAUUAAAACCAAGAAAAAGCAAAAAAAAAAAAUAUUUAUGUAGAAAAAACAUGAAAAAAACAAACAAAACAAGAUGAAAAAAUUACUUCGGGCUCCGUCCAAUGUAUUUUUGUAAGCGAGAAUGUUUUAUAAGACUUUUAUAUGAUGGAAUGUCGAUAGGUUCUGUAAUAAUCUUGUGUGUAUUUACAGUAUCCACAGGGUGUCCAAAAUUCCCACAUCCCAUGCGCCCGUCUUCAGAGUCCUUUUCCCAGAGAAAUCGAAAGGAUUGUUCCCAGACACAAUUCACGACAUUUCUACUCCACGCUGUUCCUCCUACAUAUCCGUGAGUUGAAUUGUUUUAACAAUUUCUUCAUCGUUCUUUGACUUUUCAACAGAUAUUACCCGCCUUUUACUCGUUAUUCCAUAAUCUUCCUCCGAUCGAAACCAGCGAAUGAUCAUUUUUAUCAUACGCAUUCAUCAAAUUUACAGAGUUUUAAUUAGUUGCAAAUAUUUGUACGUGUGGUCGUAUUGUUGAAGAGGAAAAAGAGAAUAGAAUAAUGAAAAAAAAUUAAUAUUCACGCCCACGCACUCAUAUAAUUAUACGUGUAAGAUAUUCGUGCAUGUGAAAAAAUAAUAAUUUAUGAGUAAACUUGUUGAUAUUCGUUGUAAAGAAAUCAUACUGGCACGCGCGUUGACAGACGUAUCUAUAUAGUGCUGAGAAACAUUCUCUUUCCGUUUCUUUUUUUUGUUCGUUUGUUGUUUUUUCGUUUCAACUCUGUCUUAGAUAAUUAUUCAUGUGCAAAUUGAAGAUUCUCUUUCUCUAUAAUUUAAAAUCGGUGCCUUUUAUCGCGCUUUUUUGUUUGUAUAGAAGGUUGCGAUGUGCGUUACCUCGAGACAUGAUUAAAACAUACAAGAAGAUAAGAAUAAAUAAAUAAAGAAUUGAAUAAUAUAAAAAAAUCCUAACAAAACAUAACGUAACCAUUUUUAAUAACGAUUAUCUCGAUGAUAGCAAUGAUAAUGAUAAUAGUAAUAACAAUUACGAUGAUGAUAAUGAUAGUAAUAACAUAGUUCUACGAGCUUGCCAGUUUUAACAGUAUCGAUAUUUAUAAUACCUAUACAUUUUUAUCGUAUCACGAACAUCUUCUGACAAUAUGAUUUUGAAUGUUUUUUCCUUUUUUUGUUUGCUUGUACCGUGAUUGAUAGAAGAGAAAAAAAAUAGAAAGAAAGAAAAAGGACUGGACUUAGAUCUAUUGUAAUUUUUAUUAUAUAUAUCCUCUUUUUCCAGAGGUAUAUAUGUGAAGUCAUAUAAUAAUAUCUGUCUAAUGAACGUGUAAACUUAAUCAUUUCGAAUUCGUGUCAUAUACAGUUUAUGGUAUGUAGCUAAGAUUACGAGAUCGAAAACUGAUGCUUCUUAAUAAUUAUUAAUAUAAUAUAAAUAUAUAUACAUAAAUUACCUUUCCUGAUUGUGAUAAGUUUGAAUUUUUCUCGUAGUUAUUUUUUUUUUUUUUUUGUUUUUUUCUUGUUUUUCUCUCCCCUAAUAAUUUUAUGCUGUUAAUUCGUUGUUAUUGUACUAUAGUUAUAUAAAUAAUUAUUACCGGAAGUAAAGGAUUUUUGUGUUAAUCGCGAUUUUAAUGUGAUGAAUGAAAACUGGAUAAGAAGGAGAAUAAAAAAACCAACGUUGAUUCUUAAAUAUAUCGUAUAAUAUGCAUUAAUAUAAGAGUUAUGUAGAAUAUGCAAUUUUUGAUGCUAGAAGAGAAUGAAAGAAGAGAAAAAACAAAAAAUACAUCAUGCUAAACAAGAUUUUUUAUCAAAAAAAAAAACAAAAAAAAAACUGAUUCAACAACUUUAAUAUUUUAAUCACCUCAAGUUCUGAUUCCACACAUCCUUUUAUACUAACUAUUGAAAAAAAGUUACAUGAAAAGACUAAGUAGAUCGUUCUACAUAUGUACGGUGGGCAAUUAUAGAAUUCUUCGGUUACAUUUUUUUUUCAUGUUCAUUUAUUAUGAGCGAUUUAUUGAAUUUUCACAGUAUAUAAUACGAAUCGUAUGAUACUCGGGAUGAUAAUCGUGAAGAAGAGCUUCGACUUUUUGCUGCCCUCCCUUUUUGUCUUCUACUUUUUGUUGCAGGCAACACGCUUUGAUGCACGGAACAUCAAAAUGUAAUUUCGUCCGUGACCCGUGAACGAUUACGUUCUACGGGUAUUCGAAUAGCCGGAUUUUCUACGAUCACCUGGGAGUGAUCGAGCAUCGAUAAUCGACAUCGACGCAGACGCUGCGGCAAAUUACCCAACUUCCGGUCCACGAUCUUUACUCAAAAUUACAAAAACGAAGAGUGCUCGGGUUCAGUUCCUUUUAAAAUUAAUCAAACGAUCGAUUGUUGGCGUUUUCUUGUUUCUCUAUACUUUUUCAUUAUUUUCCUGAAAAAUACGAUAGUCUGCAAUGCAGUCAUCCGUCGAAUUCGUCAGCAUAAGCCCCGAUCGAAUUCAGUAUUCUUGUACUACAUCCUUCUAGAUUUUUCUGAGUGUUCUUUAUUCCGUGUUAUACCCUGUGCAACGUCCGUUGCAUUCUUUUUCUUCGUCUCCUUUAUCUUUAUCUUCAUUUUGUAUAGGUAUACAUAUUAUACCUUUUGUACAUAAAUAUUUUACUACAGCCCGCUCGUAUAACUCGUGUUCCGAAUGUCGGACAUGUUGCGCCUGAUCUGCGGUUUGUCUUCCGCCGACUUAAAAGAAGGGAACAAAAAAGCAGGAAAGAAUGAAAAAAAUUAAUAUAACAAAAACAAGAAAACGAAAACAAGUUACGGUGUUGCGGCUGCAAUUUUAUCGUAAUGAUAUUUAAACCGUCUGGUAAAAGUUCCUCGCUCUUUUGCUGCAGCUUGAAUACGCAUACGCAAGUCAUUUUUCUGAAUUAUUUUUUCCGUUUGAAGUACAAAAUGAACGGAAAAAAAAAUACAUAAGCUCUGAUAAGGGCGAUGAAAAUACAUAGGUAUGUAUGUGCACGUAUCAUGUACUUUAGAUUCGAUCAUUCAUCAUCCAUCACGAGUCCCUUAUUUUUUGCCUCCAUUAUUUUUCGGCAUUGGCGACAUCGUUUAUUAUAAAUACAAAAAAUACACCAUAGACAGUGAGUCAUGAGAUUCGAUGGUGAGGAAAAUGAAAAAAAAAAAAGAGGGCGUGCAUAUCUCGAUAUAGAUAUCGAUAUUGACAUCGCGACGCGUGCAAGCCUUUCGCGUAAUCUAUGUUGUUGAUUUUUUCGACGUUCUUUUUUUUUUUUCGUUCGUUCUCAAUCGAUCGGGGUUGAUAUUUUAACGUGAUAUCUUAUUUCUGAUCGCACAGAGAAGGGAGAAACACCCCGCAGAGAAAUUCAUCCGUAUCGAUACGCGCCAAUAUCGAUGGUGCAAAAGAAAAGGUAAAUGAAGCUUUCAAAAUAGUACGGACCAGGAUAGACGGACAUUGCGCGUUACGGACGCACGCAUUUAGCUAGGUACACCGUACGUGAGUACCCAUCACAUAGGUAUCCCUGGUAAUUAUUCAACUCGGUAACCACCUAUACGUUCGAGCAUAAAAUUACGGGCAUCAAUCUCAAUCCUUUUCGGAGGCGUGAAAUAUCGAGCAAAUAUUCAGGAAACCUCUGUAUAAUCCGUGAAAUAUAUCGCAACGGAUUUAAAUCGGUUAAGUAGGCUGCCGCGUGCCUCGGCGGGUUGUUUGCCAAAGGAUUACGUAUUCAUAGGACCGCUGCCAGCUAUGGCGGGACCCACGAUGCACGUACGCUCACGUGGUGGUAUACAAUGUAUGUAUAAAUUUUCAUGCGAAAAAAUAAAACCCCGUUUCAUGUAACGUACACGGUGCACAGAUUUGCUCCCGCAUCGCGCCAGAUAUCGCACGAGCCAUAGAAACGCGAUGAUAUAUUCGACAUUUUUUCAGGUGUCCCAUUGAUAGAGGAGAAAGUGGAGAAGGUUGAGGAAGAGAAGAGACGCUCAUAGACGGGGGUGGUGGUUGUUCUCCCUUGUUUCCCUUGGUGUUUGUGUUUUGACGGAGACGAGCCGGAUCCUCGUCGUCUUCUUGUCGUCACCUCGAGCGUCGAAAAUGCUGUUUUCUCACAAAACUUUGGCACAAUAACGCCGACAAUGAAGGACUACGACGCGGGCAUCGUUUCUCUUCAGACGUUAGAGAGGAUUACCUGUGUGCAGGACGUAAUCCCUUUACACAUAUACCUAGGAGGUAUACCUGAGAAUAAACACGACUCUUGUAAGGCGACGAUUUGAAGAAGAAUAUUCACGUUGCAACGCGAGGAAAUUCCGUAAUAAAGGGUCGCAUGGAAAUCUGGAGGGUGAUUAAUGACGACUAAUACUUUUGGUGAUUUACGUAUAGAGAGGGGGGGAGGGAAGAAAGACGCGACGUUUCGACAACCGGGACACAAUGAGGGAGACAUCGUUUGUUGUACGUAGACUGCAGGUGGAGAUCGCGUUAUGAGGAAUCGCAGAAGUUGCACUCGUGUGACGAAAAUUCUUCCCGCGGGGCGAAGAAUCAAAUGCCCCGCGGAGGAUGAAGAGGAAAAAAGAAGAAGAA